AUGCGUUUCAGCACCGUUCUCGCUCUUGCACUAGCUACCGCCUCCGCUGCGCCCAGUGCGCUCGCCUGGUCCGUCGAAUCUGACGCCGGUGAGCUGCUGUCCCGGGCUUACAUCGGGAUUGACGGCAAGGUGCACUGGGCACCUGGCGUCCUCGGUGGUCACAAAGGAACCGGUUCCCGUCCGAAGGGAACGGGCAGCAAGCCCAGGGAGCUCCAGGAGCGCGCUUAUAUCGGAACGGACGGGAAGGUGCACUGGUCCCCCGGUGUACGCGGCGGCGGAAAGGGCACCGGCUCUCGCCCGAAAGGGACAGGGAGCAAGCCCAGGGAGCUCCAGGAGCGUGCUUAUAUCGGAACGGACGGGAAGGUGCACUGGGCCCCCGGUGUACGCAACGGGGGAAAGGGCACCGGCUCUCGCCCGAAAGGGGACGGGAGCAGGCCCCGUUCCGUUGAGGAAGAGCUCUACGAGCGUGAGGAGAAGCAAUCCCUUUGGCGCCCUGUAGCACGCCCCGGACGCGGUCACACUGAACCCGCUCCUCACAAGGAGUGGUCACACCAAACCCGCUCGUCCGAAGAAGAGCUCUAUGAGCGUGACCUCUUCGACGGCGGCUCGUUGGAUCUGGAUUGA